UCUUAGUGCAUGGGGCAGACUAGCAUCUAGUGUGUUUUGAGAAUUGAACAGGGAAUCUUCAUUUUUAAAUUUAAGAUGGAUUUGCAUGAUGGACCUGACAUUAACUAUAUGUCAAGUUACAUUGUUAUUUUUCUGUUCAUCCGAGGAGUGUUUAAUGGUAAUUUAUUUGCAGUUACUACUCAAAACCUGCAUGUAUUUAGACACUGCAGUUUCCAGAUAGUACUAGUUUUGUGGAGUUUUAAAAUACAUAAUCCUGUAUGCUAUAUCACAACAUGCUAAUGAGGGUGCUCAGAAUCCUGUUACUUACAACCCUAAAAGCGUUGUUGUGUGGCUUGACGUGUGAGUGGUGUUGGAACUUCGUUACAGUAAUUACAUCAUCACUCCCUAGAGCUUUCCAGCACCAGAGAUGUUGGGUUGCAGCUAAGGGAAGCUCUAAAGCAACAGCUCACCAUCAUCCAUGAGAGAGUGGAGGCCAGGAAAAUAGCUAAAAUGGCACUGGCAGAGGUUAGGAGCAUCCUAGCCAAAGAGGAGGAAGAGAGGACCAUGAGCCGAAUAAGGGAGGAGUCUGAAGCCAAGGCAUGGGAGAGGGCUGAGGCACUGCUGAAAGAGGAAGGAGAGAGAAUAGAGAAGGAAGACGUGAAAAAGGCCAUGGAAAGGAUUAGAAAAGAGAAAGAAGAAAGGGAAAAAAUGGCAGAAAGAGAAGAUGCGAAAAAGGCAAAAAGGGUGGAAAAUGCUGAUGUGAAGGAAAAGCCAGAUGAUGAGAAGGUGGCUCACAACAAGCCUGUUGAGGAGGAAAAUAAAAAGGUUGAGAAAGAUGGUAAAGUCAAGGAGCCCAAGAUGGUUGCAAUUAAAAAGAAAUUGUAAGAGCUGGGAAUUUUUUUGUGUAACUUGUGUCUACAUCUUGCUGAACUGGAUCCCAGUCCUUGUACCUUCUUGAGUAGGACGUCCUUAUUUUCUUACUGAUAGUUUACCCAAAAAUCUAAAUUCUGUCAUCGUUUACUCACCCCCGUUAUUUCAUACCUGUGUGACUUAUUUUCUUACACAGAACACAUAAGAUGUGUUGAAGAACGUUAUUAACUUGUUUUGUGUCAAUACUAGAAGUGAAUGGGGGCCAGUGCUGUUCAGUUACCAACUUUCUUCCAAAUAUCUUGUUUUGUGUUCUGUUGAAGGAAGAAAGCCAUACAGUUUUGAAAUGGCAAGAGGAAGUAAAUGAUGACAAGUUUUUCUUUUUUGGGUGAACUAUCACUAAGUGGCAUGCAGUAAAAAGUUUAUGGAGUGUUUGAAUGGCAAAGCCAACAAGGUGCUAGUCACUGAUCAUCAUGUGGAAAUCCUUUCAUUUCUCUUAAUAUUUUCUUUAUUAGAAGGUAGAAUCUUAGUUUACUCUAACUUCUAGCAAUACUGUUAUGAUUUUAACCUUAAGAUUUUUCUGAUGUUGUUCAUGUCAAAAACAUAGUAUUACUUUAUGGACAAGAAGCUUCUUGUGUUGUCAAUAAACUAUGAAUCUCUAAAUUUA